UCCUGUGGAAAAACAGCUGUUCUUCUGUGUGCUUUGUACCUUUCUUGAUUGAGUGCAUGCCAGCCCCAGUUCUACUUGCUUUCUUAAUUUGGGCCUUUGACAAUUCCACAUCUAUUCUUCCUGAUGCUCUGAAAGAUGAGCUUAUUUCUGCUCAGUUUCUGCCAUCAGAAUGAGGGGUAGUUAAGAGGACUGGGUAAUACUCCCUUUCUGAGGAAGAGACCAUAGCUUUCUCAGGUAGAAGAGGGCUCGCCCCUGGCCGUUUCUCGAAUGUCAGUCAUUCCUGACCUUUUCCCUCCCACCCAUGAGCAUUCUGUCACCCUUCCCACCUCAUGCCCACCCCAGGCACUCACACACUGACGGGGUUGUGGGGACCCCAACAUUGCAGGUUAAGUCUAGUGUGGACCUGCUCCAGUCCCCUGACCCUCACUUUUAGAUCGUUAGGGAGGGUAAUCGUAUAGUAAAUUGUAUAUGGGAUGGGACAGUAAAAAGAACCGCUAGGGAACCAUGUCUGCCCUUUUUGCCUCUUUCGCGAACUCCUUUCCCGGCUUCCAGUCUUUGGGGGCGCGACGCGGGCCGCAGUGGCCGGUUUAAGGGAGGCCCCGCCUACGCGGGAGGCGGGGCCAAGGCGGAGUCCGAGGAGCUGGGGAAAGAACAAAGCCGGGCCUGCGGGCGGCGGUUGGCUCGGCCGGCGGAGCCCUCCGGGAGGCGGCCCGGGUGGAACCCUGGGCGGAGUGUCGCAAACAGGGAGGCAGUGUUUCCCUCCGCGCCGGCCGGGCCAUGAACGGACUGCCCUCGGCCGAGGUGCCAGGCAGCGUGGGUUGCGCCCUGGCCGGGCUCCCACCGUUGCCGCGCGGCCUCAGCGGCCUCCUCAACGCGAGUGGGGGUUCGUGGCGGGAACUGGAACGCGUCUACAGCCAGCGCAGCCGCAUCCACGACGAGCUGAGCCGCGCCGCGCGCGCCCCGGAUGGGCCCCGUCACGCCGCGGGUUCUGCCAGCUCCGGACCUACCGCCGGCCCUCGUCGGCCAGUCAACCUCGACUCGGCUCUGGCCGCGCUGCGCAAGGAGAUGGUGGGUCUUCGGCAGCUGGACAUGUCCCUGCUGUGCCAGUUGUGGGGCUUGUACGAGUCAAUCCAGGACUACAAGCAUCUGUGCCAAGACCUGAGCUUAUGCCAGGACCUGUCGUCCUCCCUGCACUCGGACAGCUCUUACCCACCUGACGCUGGCCUAUCUGAUGACGAUGAGCCGCCUGAUGCCAGCCUGCCCCCAGACCCACCACCCCUCACUGUACCCCAGACACACAAUGCCCGUGACCAGUGGCUGCAGGACGCCUUUCACAUCAGCCUCUGAAGAGCUGGAGUUGGUGGGGAUGCACCCAAGCAAAAGGCUCAAAACUCACCCUUUUAGUAAUCUUCAGACUACAGUGCCUGCUCUUCCACCGGUACCACCUCACCUUACCUUUCAGGAGGGCAAGGCGUGUGCUUCUCAGGCAAGACUGGCAGCCCCCCUCCUGCUUAGCUGCCACUGGGUGGGCUCCCAGGUUGCAGCCUCUUCCAUGGUGGUGGGCCUCCACUUCUCUCCCACAUGUGCACCUCCAGCAUGGCCACCCAUAGUCUGGCAGUGGGGCUCACAGCGUCUUGCAGUCCCCUUGGUAUUUCUGGGACUGAGAUGAAUGUCUGGCUCCCAUUUGUUUUUCUACCUUUUGCUGCUCUUGGCAGCUCCUGGCUCAGGGGCCUCUCACCUCCAUCCCUGGGUUCCAGCGUCCUGGAUAAGGACUCCAGGAGCCACGCCUGCACUUUGCCAGGCAGUAAAAGGCUGGGACUCCAUGCUGGAUAUUUAAGUUUAGGAGCAGCCUUCUGGGCGUGUAAAUAAAUAUUCUCGGCAUUA